AUGGCCUUGCAGAAUUAGGUUAUAAUUUGUGCUUUGCUUCUUUUAGGUGCUGCUUCCUUGGAAAGUCAGGCAUUUUUCAAUGAGACUGGAGACCUGCCAUGCCACUUUCCAAACUCUCGAAACCUAAGCCUGGAUGACCUGGUGAUAUUUUGGCAGGACCAGAAUAAGUUGGUUCUCUAUGACCUGUACAGAGGCCAAGAGAAUCCUCACAAUGUUCAUCCCAAGUAUAUAGGCCGCACGAGCUUUGACCAGGACAGUUGGACACUGCGACUCCACAACGUUCAGAUCAAGGACAAGGGCUCGUAUCAAUGUUUCAUCCAUCAUAAAGGACCCCAAGGACUGAUUCCCACCUACCAGAUGAGCUCUGACCUGUCAGUGCUGGCUAACUUCAGUCAACCAGAAAUAAAUCUAAUUCCUAAUCAAACAGAAAAUUCUAACAUCAUAAAUUUGACCUGCUCAUCUACACAAGGUUACCCAGAACCUCAGAGGAUGUAUAUAUUGGUAAAAACUAAGAAUUCUACUACUGAGUAUGACACUGUCAUGAAGAAAUCUCAAAAUAAUAUCACAGAACUGUACAACAUUUCUAUCAGCAUGUCUUUUUCCAUCCCUCCUGAAACAAAUGUGAGCAUCUUCUGUGUCUUGCAACUUGAGCCAACGAAGACACUGCUUUUCUCACCACCUUGCAAUAUAGAUGCAAAGCCACCUGUGCCAAGCCCCCCUGUCCCAGACCACAUCCUCUGGAUUGCAGCUCUACUUGUAACAUUGGUCGUUGUGUGUGGGAUGGUGUUCUUUCUAACACUAAAGAAAAGGAAGAAGCCGCAGGCUGGCCCCUCUAAAGAAUGUGAAACCAUCAAAGUGGAGGGGACAGAGAGUGAACAGACUGAGAAAAGAGUAGAACUCCAAGAACCUGAAAGAUCUGAUGAAGCCCAGUGUGAUAUUAACAUUUCAGAGACAGCCUCAAGCGACAAAAGUGCUACCCAUUUUUAAUUAAAGAGUAAAUGCCAUACGACUAUCCGGUUUUUAUAUGCUUUUCUUUUCAAGUUUUGACUGACCUUUUUCUUGUCUCUCUAAGCCUUCCCAGAAGGCAAGAAAAUAUUACUAUUAAUAAUAGAGGGGGCUUCACGAUUCUCUCCAAGUGAAAUAGCCUCCCUACAAUGCCAGCUCUGCUCUCUAUGCCAGGAGCAGAUUUUAACUGUUUCUUUUCAUUUCAGAGCACACUUGUGGGUCAAGCCCACCUAACUGGUUCCUGGCUCGGAAUCAUGUGUAAGACUAACACCUCCUGUUUCAGAUUCAGUCUCUUUUCUUAAUGUUAUACAUUGUGUUUUAUGUAAAACUCCCAAUUCCUGGAAUUGUGGCUUUUAUCUACUCUGAAUCUCAGGUAGUGCCUCAUUCCAUCUUGUAUACCUGUGACUGAACAACUACCUUUUCAGUCCGGGUGGGAGUUAUGUAUUUUAUGGCCUUAUAGUGUUAAUAUUAAUAUUUUGAAGUAUCAAGAAAUAUAUACUAUAAUAAUGUAAUUACUGAGAAAAGUCCACCCUCUGCUAAGGAGUUCCUGUCCCUCUGUGAGGGUCAGUAAGGAAAGUGGUGGCCCAGUGUGCUGACAACAAUGAGCAGACCAACUCAAAACCUGGGAAAUUAGAGACAGAGAAGGAACCAGUCCUGUAGCCAUUACCAUCUGGGCUGUUGCUAAUGUUAAGGAGGAUCCACCUGCCCAAGAAGCUACUGCCGAGCCUUAGCAAAGAGUGCUGGAUACAGCAGGAGAGUGCUGUGCAUCAUAAACCCUGCUGCUCUUCUCAGAGAAAAUGACUGAGACGAUGGCCUGGGGCAACUGUUCAAGAGCGAAGAGAGAGAGAUCGCAAUACUCAAAACAGGAAAGAAAAUGAAAGAUCUUGGCCAACAGAAAUACACAUGAAUGUUCAGUCUGUCCAGUCCUUCGACAAGCCAUAGGAAGAGCAACAGAUGGACAGCCUGUCCAAAUGGACUUAAGGCCGACUGCAGUUUCCUUGGAGGUUGGGGAGGGGGUUUGAUGAUAGCCAGGUUGUUGGGAUGUUGCAUCUGGCUGGAAGCAGAGCUGGCGGGGGAGAGCUAUCAUCUUAAUAAUGGCGUGAAUGGAAGGAGGCUUAGGGCUCUUUCAAUGAAUGGCUGAGAGAGAAGGAGCUGGGGCAGAAUUAAAAGGACCAGAAUACAAAUUGCCCAGAGGCUGACUUAGCCUGCAGAUGUCCUAAGGAGGUGAUGGUUGGCCUGGAGCAGGGCUAGCAAACUUGUGUCUGAGGACUGUCUAUGCGUCAUUCUCAAUGACAGGAAACCUGGGCGCAAGAGAGGAAUGUAUUAGCCCUGUAGAAAUGAGUUAGGAGACUCUGGCUCUAAGGCAGCAUCACUAAGGGAUGGAGAAGCCUCAGUCCAAACCUAAAGAGAACUUUGGGAAAGCCCCAGAAAUAGUAGUUCUUCUUAUUCUACAUAAAGGACCCUAAAGGGUUAUAGAUGGCUAUGCUAGCCAUGCUGGUACUUGUAAUAGUACCAUUUGUGUGCUCUGCCCUGCCCUUGCCUUCAUUAGGCUCUAAGCAUCUUGCUGUUUUGUAACAUGUUUUUUUAUUUACUUUUUAUUUUAUAUUGGAGUAUAGUUGAUUAACAAUGUUGGGAUAGUGUCAGGUGUAUAGCAAAGUGAUUCAGUUAUACAUAUACGUUAUCUAUUCUUAUACAGAGCAGUUCUCAAUAAAUUUCUAUUAAAAUAAUGUAAAAGUCUAAAUUUUCUUCUUCUAUUUUAACAGUACUUAUAGUCUGAUAUUACUCCCUCUAUCCUCCUAAUGUAUGUCCUUCCUCUUAACAGCUCUAAGGUAGCCCCAUUCUCCAGUCACCUAGCUAAAAGCCUCUGACUCACCCUAAACCCUCUCCUCUUCCCUUUCCUCUGUGUCUCAUAUGAUUCUAUGUUUAUCUAGUUACUGAGACAUAUGUCAGGUAAGGGAUGUUGUUUCUCUGGAUAACUAGGAAAUCUGAAGUUAAGGAAGGGAUUCUCGCUUUUCAGUUUGUAAUGUUUUAUUCCAUGUAAUGUGUGCUUGCAUGUACGUUAAACAAAAGCUUAGUAUAAAAAUUUAUUCAUUGAAAAUACUUUGAUUAUA